GUGUAAACUUAAAGAAUUAAGCACAAACAAAAAUCCAAAACAGUAAUUUGGAUCCUUUCCUUGAGAAUACCAUUAUUCACCCAGCAUUGCUAUCUUCGAUAUUCCUCAGGAUUCACCGAUUCACCGACUGACCCCUCUGAAUUUCUCUGUAAUUUCCAGGGUUUCUAAAUUUCGAAGCUUGCUUGAUCAAAAAGUACCCAUUAUUGGUUCAUCAAUGAAAGGGGAAGUGCAACUCCAACCUCCUCCGAUUAUGCAAAACCCUAGUGAUUCCGACCCUUUACUCCUUGACCAUGAUGAGGAUGAGUCCCCUUUGAGCUCUGCUGAGAUUAAGGAUGAGGAGGAUGUUGAGGCUGGUUCACUCCCUUGUUGUCGAAUUUGCCUCGAAAGCGAUUCCGACCCAGAAGAUGAAUUGAUAUCUCCAUGCAUGUGCAAAGGGACCCAGCAGUUCGUCCAUCGUUCAUGUCUUGAUCACUGGCGCUCAGUUAAGGAAGGAUUUGCCUUCUCACACUGUACCACCUGCAAGGCCCAAUUUCAUCUUAGAGUUGAAUCGUAUGAGGACAACUCUUGGCGUAAAAUAAAGUUCAGACUUUUUGUGGCAAGGGAUGUUUUCCUUGUUUUUGUUGCUGUACAAACUGUGAUUGCUGCUAUUGGUGGCUUUGCCUACAUCAUGGACAAAGAUGGGACCUUCAGAAACUCAUUUGAUGAUGGUUGGGAUAGGAUACUGUCAAAGCAUCCUAUACCAUUUUAUUAUUGUAUAGGAGUGCUGGCCUUCUUUGUACUGAUUGGAUUUUUUGGUCUCAUACUGCACUGCUCCUCACUCAAUUCCAAUGAUCCCAGAAUGGCUGGCUGUCAGAACUGUUGUUAUGGAUGGGGCAUCCUGGAUUGCUUUCCUGCAUCAGUGGAAGCGUGCUUCGCUCUCGUGGUUGUUUUUGUUGUCAUCUUUGCAAUUCUUGGUAUAGCUUACGGUUUUCUUGCAACCACCAUGGCCAUUCAAAGAAUUUGGCAGAGGCACUACCAUAUCCUCACCAAGAGGGAGCUUACAAAGGAGUACAUAGUGGAGGAUCUUGGAGGAUGUUAUUCCCCACCAAAGUUAGACCCUGAACAUGAAGCUCGCUUGAAAAUGCUUAAGCUUUUGUGAUUCACUGAACACUUAUCUGUAAAAAUGUGAUUUUCAAUGAUUUACAUAUCAAGUUGUUGCUCUAGUCGAUAAUUACCAUCUCUUAUGUUUAACAACCUUGUUUGAGCUUGGAAAUCGUCUACAUCAUGUUUUUUAUUUAAUCUGGAUCCUUACCAGAUUCUUUUUUCUUUUUAAAUGAAAAUCCUUACCAGAUUCUGUAUA